UCCCGGAAGGUGUGUAUGCUGAUGAGCCAGCACACUGGACUGGAAGACGCCAUUUUGGGGUUAGCGGUCGGAAGGCAGAUCUUUAGAAGAAUCGAGAAGUUGCGGCUCCGAGUCUCCCCCUUAACAGCCUGGCACCAUGGGUAACAUGUUUGGGGACCUGUUUAAGAAACUCUUUGGCAAGAAAGAGAUGAGAAUUUUAAUGGUGGGACUUGAUGCUGCUGGAAAGACAACAAUUCUUUAUAAACUGAAGCUUGGCGAGAUUGUCACUACCAUCCCCACCAUUGGUUUCAAUGUGGAAACCGUAGAAUAUAAAAACAUCAGUUUCACAGUGUGGGACGUAGGUGGUCAAGAUAAAAUUCGUCCACUGUGGAGGCACUACUUCCAGAACACACAGGGCCUCAUCUUUGUUGUCGAUAGCAAUGACAGAGAAAGAGUAAAUGAAGCAAGAGAAGAGCUGACGAGGAUGUUGGCAGAAGAUGAACUGCGUGAUGCUGUUUUGCUUGUUUUUGCAAAUAAACAGGAUUUGCCGAAUGCCAUGAAUGCUGCUGAGAUCACGGAUAAACUGGGUUUGCACUCUCUGCGACACCGGAACUGGUACAUUCAGGCUACCUGUGCCACCAGCGGGGAUGGCCUUUAUGAGGGACUUGAUUGGCUGUCAAAUCAGCUCAGGAACCAGAAGUAAUGCAUUCCUUUGGCUGUGCAAGAAGGCAAUACUGGCUCUUCCCCUUCUCCCCAAACCCCUUUACUUCCUUGCAAUCUGGGGGUCUGUUGGCGCAGCCCUUGGAGUGUGCGUGUUUGUGUGUGUGUGUGUGUGUGUGAGUGAGUGAGAGACUGUGUGUAAGUGUGGAGUGGGAGCGGCCUCUUAGCAUUGUGCCUUACACCUCUUAUGGAAACAGUAUUGUAUUUUUUAAACAACACUACCUGCCUCCGACUACGAUCCUCUGGCUUUUCCAUGUGGGGUUAGAUCUGUGCCUGCAAAUUGGUGCGAGUCAGGCAUCUAGAUAGAUGUGUGCUGGGCUUUUUGAUUUUACUGGGGGGAGGGAGGGUGGUCCCAGCUUUAAGAUGGUGUUUAGUGUCCCCUACUGGCAGAAUUCCUGGUGCAGGCCUUUAUGAACCUGAUAGCUGAAACUGACUGAAAUCAGACAGCAUCGACACCAUUGUAGGCUUUGUUUCUGUCUUUCCAGAGCCAUUAAUUCAGCAUAUUAUGAUGAUGGUGCACUCCCAAGAUGACUAAAUUUCCUUGCCUGUGGAUGUUUGAUUCACAAGUCACUUGUUUUGCUGGCAGGUUGGUGUGGAGCCCAGGUGGCACGGAGGUCCGUGUGGGCCUUUGUUGUUAAUGCACAUGCAGCAUGAGCAGUGUCAUUGUCUCUGUAUUGAUCAUUGGCACCUGGCAUAUCACACACCCAUGACUGAAGAGUGGCAUUUGUGUAAGGCUCCUGAAACUGCAUGAUGGUAUGGAGACACUUGAGCAGCUUUAUACAAAUGGCCAGCACGCGGAGGGAAAGUGAGCCUCAAAUGGUGCGCCACCCCAGUUAAAUGUGCUUUAGGCCUCCACUACGUGUAUAAAGGAAGUCCUAUGCCGCCUCCCAUCUUCUAGUCGGUCAGUUCUGAGAUGUGAAGCUUUAAAUAAAGAUCAAAGUCCAUUGCGCGACUCGAGAAUCUUCCAUGCGAGUGCGGAGACUUUUUUUUUUUUUUUACCAUGUUGUAACUUGUCUGAAAAAUGCACUAUAAUAAAGAGAUCUCUAUUAUGGUACUGCG